AUGGCGUCUGUGUUUCGAAGUGAGGAGAUGUGUUUGUCACAACUAUUUCUCCAGGUGGAGGCUGCGUAUUGCUGUGUCGCAGAGCUGGGAGAGCUUGGGCUGGUUCAGUUCAAAGAUUUAAACGUGAAUGUGAGCAGCUUCCAGAGGAAAUUCGUGAAUGAAGUCAGAAGGUGCGAGUCAAUGGAGAGGAUCCUCCGUUUUCUGGAAGAUGAGAUGAAAAAUGAGAUUGAGGUUCAAUGGCUGGAGAAGUCCCCACCGACCCCUCUGCCUCGGGAAAUGAUUGCCCUGGAGACCGCUCUAGAAAAACUGGAAGGGGAGUUACAGGAAGCCAACCAGAACCAUCAGGCGUUGAAGAGAAGCUUCCUAGAACUGACUGAAUUCAAAUACCUCCUGAAGAAAACCCAGGACUUUUUUGAGACGGAAACCAACUUACCUGAUGAUUUCUUUACUGAGGACACUUCUGGUCUCCUGGAAUUACGAGCGAUGCCUGCGUACAUGGCCGGGAAGCUGGGGUUCACGGCUGGUGUGAUAAACAGGGAGAGGAUGGCUUCCUUUGAGAGGCUGCUGUGGCGAGUUUGCCGAGGAAACAUCUACUUGAAGUUCAGUGAGAUGGACAUGGUUCUGGAGGAUCCGGUCACAAAAGAAGAAAUGAAAAAGAACAUGUUCAUCAUAUUUUAUCAAGGAGAGCAGCUUAGGCAGAAGAUCAGGAAGAUCUGCGAGGGGUUCCGAGCCACCAUUCACCCCUGCCCGGAGCCCGCGGCGGAGCGCAAGGAGCUGCUGGCUGGUAUCAACACGAGGCUGGAAGACUUAACCACCGUUAUAACACAAACCGAGCGUCACCGUCAGAGCCUCCUGCAAGAAGCAGCUGCCAGCUGGCACUCCUGGGUCAUCAAGGUGCAGAAGAUGAAGGCCAUCUAUCACAUCCUGAACAUGUGCAACAUCGAUGUCACCCAGCAGUGCGUCAUCGCUGAGAUCUGGUUCCCAGUGGCAGACGCCAGGCGCAUCAAGAAGGCGUUGGAACAAGGCAUGGAACUGAGCGGGUCCUCCAUGGCCCCCAUCCUGACAGCAGUGCAGUCUAAAACAGCGCCUCCCACGUUUAACAGGACCAAUAAAUUCACCGCUGGCUUCCAGAACAUUGUAGAUGCGUAUGGUGUAGGCAAUUACCGGGAGAUAAACCCAGCCCCCUAUACCAUCAUCACUUUCCCCUUCCUCUUCGCCGUGAUGUUUGGGGACUGUGGCCACGGAACCGUGAUGCUCCUGGCGGCCCUCUGGAUGGUCCACAACGAGAGACGCUUGCUCGCCCAGAAGACGGACAACGAGAUCUGGAACACCUUCUUCCAUGGGCGCUACCUUAUCCUCCUCAUGGGCAUCUUCUCCAUUUACACGGGCUUCAUUUACAACGACUGCUUCUCCAAGGCUUUCAACAUCUUCGGCUCUUCCUGGAGCGUCCAACCCAUGUUCAGAAAUGGCACGUGGAAUAUGAAAACGAUCGAAACAAAUCCGCUCUUACAGCUGAACCCCGCCAUUCCAGGAGUGUACUCUGGGAAUCCAUACCCCUUUGGGAUCGAUCCGAUUUGGAACCUGGCUUCAAACAAGCUGACAUUCUUGAACUCCUAUAAAAUGAAGAUGUCCGUGAUCCUGGGCAUCGUCCAGAUGACUUUUGGCGUCAUUCUCAGCCUUUUCAAUCACAUAUACUUCCGAAAGACCAUCAACAUCCUCCUGCAGUUCAUUCCGGAGAUGAUUUUUAUGCUGUGUCUGUUUGGAUACCUGGUCUUCAUGAUCAUUUUCAAGUGGUGCUCCUUCGAUGUCCACGUGUCCCGGAAGGCGCCCAGCAUCCUAAUCCACUUCAUCAACAUGUUCAUGUUCAACUACAGCGACGCCUCGAACGCUCCGCUGUACGAGCAUCAGCAAGAAGUCCAAAUUUUCUUUGUUAUUAUGGCUUUGAUUUCUGUGCCGUGGAUGCUCCUGAUUAAGCCGUUUAUUCUUAGAGCCAAUCAUCGGAAAUCCCAGCUGCAGGCAUCCAUGCUUCAAGAACAUGCCACUGAAGAUGCUGAAGGUGACAACUCAAACCCUCCCAGGAGAUCAGCUGCCCACAGGGACCAGGAGGACCAGGAAGAAGAGUUCGACUUUGGAGACAUAUUCGUGCAUCAGGCCAUCCACACGAUCGAGUACUGCCUGGGCUGCAUUUCAAACACAGCCUCUUACCUCCGCCUCUGGGCCCUCAGCCUGGCGCAUGCCGAACUGUCCGAAGUGCUCUGGACCAUGGUGAUGAACAUCGGCCUGCGCCUGAGCGGCUGGGGAGGGCUCAUCGGGGUCUUCAUCAUUUUUGCCAUAUUUGCUGUCCUGACAGUAGCCAUCCUUCUGAUCAUGGAGGGGCUUUCCGCUUUCCUGCACGCCCUGCGACUGCACUGGGUGGAGUUCCAGAACAAGUUCUACGUCGGGGCUGGGUACAAGUUCUCUCCAUUUUCCUUUAAACACAUCCUGGAGGGGACGGCCGAGGAGUAG